AGCAGCAGUCCAGCAGUGCAGCAGUGCAGCAGCGCAGCAGGCACAACUACCGGUAAACACACACAAUUGUUGAACGAUGCCAGAGACAGAGACGACCAGCAGCAGCAGCCCCAAGAAUCAGCACGAAGAUCACUUUCCCAAGCCACAGCCACAGCAGCAGCAGCAGCAGCAGAACUUUUCCUUCUCCAGCAGCUAUCCCUAUGCACCAGGACGCACCUCCAACUCCAAUUCCAACUCCAACUCCAACUCGAACAAUUCCUACAACGUGCAACGCUAUCAGAGUCCCUACAAUUUCCAGCACGUGGUGACGAACGCCUUCUCCGUGCUGCAGCCUCAUCCCUCGGAGGAUCUUGCUCUCAAUCCGCGACCACAGCAGGCCAUAGUGCGUCCCACACGGCGACAGGAGGUGCCGCUCGAACCGGAACCAUCCGUGGACCAUGUAGAUCCCCCUCGAUCCUUCUUCUCGAGGAGCAACCAGGAGGUGCGCAGCUUUGCGGAUGAGUUGAGCCACAAGCUGCGUUUCCUGGCGCCGGAGGAGAACUACGGUGGCGGCAUCAGCGGCAUCGGCGGCAUCGGCGGCAUCACCGGCGCCUGGAUGGCCGCCCGUCACUCCGGCGACAUGUCACAGCGUCCGCGCUUCGAGACGACUGUGCCCACCGGCAUCUUUCUGCCGCCGCCCCACGAAGUGCAGAUGCUCCCAGCCUCAAUGCUGCGGCGCCAUGUGUAUGCCUACUCCUCGUAUCCCAUGAUCCUGCAGAGCUACUACUCGAAGGACCCUCUCAAAUCGCCCAAUCCCGGGGAAAAGGAGCCCAAGGCGGUGACUGCCACACGAUUGAAUGGGUUUCGUGCCACCGCUGCCGUUGCAGCAGCCACUGCGGCAGUGGCAGCCCCCUCCACCGAUCAAACGCAAUCCCUGGCCGGUGGUCUUCACAUAACGAAGGCCCAGUUCCAGCAGCAACUGCAGCAGCGUCGCGGCACCAGCGACAAGAGGUUCUCCUUUAAUUGAUGGAAUACGAAUACUAACCUUUUCUCUCGCCUCCUCCGCAGACCCGUUGUGCCGCCGCCAGAGCCCUACAAGAACGUCAUGUACGACCGUCGUGUCAUAAAAGGCAGCAACUUUGGCAACGCCUCCAUGGUGACGGAUGUGGAUCCCUUCGACAAGGCCGCGGAAAUUAAGCGACGCAAUAUGCUACGAAAGCGUUCGAUCCAAUGCAGGAACCAGAGGAAUGUGCUGGGCACACCACCGCCGGUGAAGGGCCGCAAACACGAGACUAUUCAGACAGAGAAGUAUUUGGAGAAACUGGGACAACGUCCACCCGAAUUCACGGUGGACACGCAAACGGAUCUGUUUUUGGAGAAGCCGCCAACACCGCCAUUCAUCGCCGCGAAGGUGGGCGUCGAUGUGGGCACCGAAAUCGGCGAGGGCGAGCUCUUCCACUUCGAUGCCGAGGCACAGCCCAUCAUUGAUGUCCUGGUGGAUGCCUGCAUCGAGCAGAGCAUGCUGGAGGUCGCACACGAGAUGGAAUUGGACAGUUUGCGCCGCAAGCAGGAGGAAUUCCUCGCCCAACGCGAGGUGGAGCUUGCCGAACUGCGGCGCCUGGAGGCUGAGGAGAUGCGUCUGCGUGCGGAGAAGGAGCGCCGCCUGCGGCAGGAUACCAUUGCUAAGGAACUCGACGCCGAGAUGCAGAAGAGCGUGACGGCAGCCAAGCUCUUGCAGGGCCACAUUGCCAGUCUGGUUCCCGAGGUCCUGGAGAACAUCGAGCCGGCCAGCGAUGCCGUAAAGAAGGAGCAGCUCAUGAAGAGCAUCUGUCCCUGGCUCUCGGCGGAGGUGGCCGAGGAGGUGGGCCACAUUGUGGACUCACGCGAGAUCCUCACGGCCAUCAUACAGGAGAUCAUCAAGCAGCGGGCGGAGGUGUAUGCCGGCUAUCGCGAAGACUUGUCCGAGGCCACCACACGCACGACGGAUGUUUGCGAGGAAGAGGGUUGCAUGAUCGACGAGAUGGAGGCGUGUCCGUGCGAGACCGGAACCGAGGAAGAGUGUCCCACACCGCCGCCGGAGCCUCCGCAUUUGUGAGCACUUCGCAAAAUGCUGCAAAAUGAUUUUUUUUGGUUAGAUUUAGCUAAGAUUUUAAGUUGGACAAAAAGCGGCUCCUCCCACACACACA